AUGACUGCUGAGGAAUGGGAGCAGUCGGACAAUUAAAAUCAGAACUGAUGAUAUAAUUAAACUAGAUGGUCCUCGAGACAAACAAGUAAUGUUUUCGAAGACAUGUUAAAGUGUUCAUCCGUCCGGAAGUUGUCAGGUUUUCUUACGGAGAACUUUAUAAAUUUGCAAGUUUUCUAUCACAAUUCUUUCUUUCGGAUGUAGUUAAAAGGGUUUUAUGGGACGAGUGAUCUGAAGAUUAAUGUCUUACUCUUUGUCAUGGCUCAUUGCACAAAUUUCAGGGAAGUCCCAUCUUGAAAAAUUAUGAUUGCUGGCGAUCAAGAAGUUAAUGCCCCUGGAUCGAGAGUCUGCUCGGACUAAUCUCGAACACCUGCAAUAAUUUGCCAAUAAACAUCUGCCUUACCCGGAGUCUCAUUAUGUCUUCAUCUCACCAAAUUUUAUGGACGAAUAUAUUUGUAAUAAUUUUUUCAGCCGUGACAGCACGCGCCCCUCAGCGCAUAGUCAACGGUAAUCAUGCAGCAUCUGGAGAGUUUCCAUUCAUCGUCUCCCUGAGAUUCGAUUUCCGAGACAAUAAACAUAUCUGCGGUGGUUCCAUAAUAAGUCCCAAGCACAUUCUGACGGCAGCCCAUUGUGUCGAUUGGCUUUAUCCUGAGGAUAUAAUUGUUGUCAGUGGAACAAAUCGCCAAAACGACAGAAAUGCAGUUUUCAGUCGAGUUCACAAGAUCGUGAAACAUCCAGGUUUCGUAAGGAAGACCGGAGCAUCGCGAAUCCAGAAUGAUCUCGCUGUUCUCACUUUGAAGGAGUCUCUGAACCUUGACGGCUAUUUGCAAGAUGCGAUUAAUUUACCCACCAAAUCCUGGACUCCUGACACAAUUGCCACCGUAGCUGGAUGGGGAUAUAUAUAUUCACUGACAAGUCCAGAUUAUUCUAAAGAUGUCCCCAAUGAUCUGAGUAAAUUGCAAGUGACGAUUAUCACCCAUGAAGAGUGUGCGAAAAAACGAGCUGAACCUUUUGAAUAUCAGAUUUGCGCCACAAGACCUAAUGCCACCAUAUGCCAGGGUGACAGUGGAGGGCCUCUCGUCGUCAAUAAUACCCUCAUUGGUGUUGUUUCCACCACAAGCUGCUUGUUGGGUUCCUACUCUGGCUAUAUGGAUACAUAUUACUUCAGAAAAUUUAUUAAGGAGGCGAUGGAAGAUUGAAUAACGUCAUCAACUGGAGUUCCUUGAAUAUAUGUAAAUUCAAAAUUAAUUGAGCCCUUUGCAUUCAAUAAAUGAAUUUGAAAAAUGAAAACUCAAAUAUUGUACUCUUCUGGCUGAUUGUAAUAAAGCCGAAUCUCUGA